GGUCAACAACGAAUGACCUAUGCAUUCUUGAGGGUAUACAAGAAAUGUGCAGGCUUUAAAAGUGCCACCAAAUGUUACUGCAAAUAUUUUAAAUGCCUCGCCGAAGCACCAUAAUAUCUGGCAAUAAAUUUAAUUUAGCGUUGAGCUAAUGAAAAUAUCGCAUUUUUUCAGAACAUUUUUUUCUAAUAUACGAAAUUUAUUGCUUUUUGUAACCCUGUGUUUACUGAUUGGUAAAUUAAAAUGCAACCGUGUUUUGAUCUCAAUUGUAGCCAACACCAUUUUUGGAGACAUUUACUCGUGUUUUAUACCGAUCCCAGCAUUAACCACAGGCUAGAGUGAGACAACAUACCAACAUAUACUGCGAAAAGUGGCCGUUUACAACAACAGCAAAUGGUUUGCAAAAAAGUGAACUGUUUCUCUACACAUCAGCGGUACAGCUGUUUACACACUUUAACCCACUAUCGAUAUUGCGCGAAGAUCAAAUUUGCGCCUUUUUGUUCCAUAUUUUUUGCCAUUUUGCUGAAUAUGUGCGUUGUCUACAAAAACAAAAAGUCUCCCGUCUAGUCUGAGUGAAUCGUAGGGGAAAUUUUAAAUUUUCAAACGGCAUUUUAUCGCUGAGCAGACAGUCGAAUAGAAAGAAUUAGCAGAUCAUUUCAUUUUAUAGUUUCAUUAUUUUCAUUUAAAAUUUAUUUAAUUUUUCUACUUAUCUGCAUUGAAAUCUACACGAAGCGUGUGAAUUAUUGAAAAUUGUAGUGUGUCAAAAGUAUCGUUGCAUUAUUUUAUAUUUCCUGCAUAAUUAUUCAUCGUCAACAAAAUGAGUAAAUCAGAUACAUCACGUUUAAAUUCGUACAAAUCGAAUGCUAUUAACUCGCAGGAGUCUCGCAUGCGCCGCCAUGAAGUUACUGUGGAGUUGCGUAAAUCAAAGAAAGAGGAUCAACUUUUCAAACGACGCAACAUCAACGAUGAGGAUAUUGUAUCUCCUCUGAAAGAGAGUAAUAGCCAAUCGCCAGUGCCAAUGAGCAUUGACGAAAUGGUUACCGCUAUGAACAGUCAAGAUGUAGAGCGUCAAUUCUCAGGCAUGCAAUCAGCACGUAAAAUGCUAAGUCGCGAACGUAAUCCGCCUAUUGAUUUAAUGAUAGGGCAUGGCAUUGUUCCUAUUUGCAUACAUUUUCUACAAAAUCACGAGAAUCCUUUACUACAAUUUGAAGCUGCUUGGGCGCUUACCAACAUCGCUUCUGGCACUUCGGAACAAACACGUUGCGUUAUCGAGCAAAAUGCUGUGCCACAUUUUGUUGCGUUGUUGAAAUCUAAGUCCAUUAAUCUUGCCGAGCAGGCGGUUUGGGCUCUGGGUAAUAUAGCCGGUGACGGAGCAGCAGCACGUGACAUCGUCAUACAACAUAAUGUUGUGGAAGGUAUACUUGGUUUAAUAAAUUGUGAAACACCACUUUCCUUCUUGCGCAACAUUGUUUGGUUGAUGUCGAAUUUGUGCCGCAACAAAAAUCCAUCACCACCAUUUGAAGAGAUUAAACGUUUGUUGCCCGUGCUAUCGCGAUUGCUCUUAGGUGAGGAUUCACAAGUGUUAGCUGAUGCCUGUUGGGCGCUCUCAUAUGUGACGGAUGAUGAAAAUUUGAAAAUCCAGGCGGUCGUCGACACAGGGGCAGUGACGCAUCUUGUUAAACUGCUUGGCACUGACGAGCCUUCUAUAAUUGUGCCAGCACUACGCAGUGUAGGAAAUAUUGUAACCGGCACUGAUCUGCAGACGGACGCAGUCAUUGCUGCUGGCGGUUUACCCCGAUUGGGUGUUCUGCUACAAAAUCCAAAAUGUAAUAUUAUAAAGGAGGCCGCCUGGACGGUUAGUAAUAUCACAGCCGGAAAUCCAAAGCAGAUUCAGGCCGUUAUCGAUGCUGGUCUUUUCACACCCAUUCGCCAUGUAUUGGAGAAGGGCGAUUUCAAAUCGCAAAAAGAAGCCGCUUGGGCCGUUACAAAUACCACAACGAGUGGCACACCUGAACAAAUAAUCGAUCUGAUUGAAAAAUAUCAAAUAUUGAAGCCAUUCUGUGAUUUACUCGACGCAAAGGAUUCGCGCACCAUUAAGGUGGUACUCAUGGGACUCGGUAAUUUGUUUGUUUUGGCCGAAAAGUUGGGCGGCACAGAGAAUCUUUGCUUGAUGGUCGAGGAGAUGGGUGGUUUGGAUAAACUGGAGAAAUUACAAGAGCACGAAAACGAAGAAAUAUACAAAAAGGCCUUCGCACUGGUGGAUACAUACUUCAAUAGCGGCGAGGAUGCUGAAGCGGAGCUGGCGCCACAGGAGGUUAAUGGUGCGCUCGAAUUUAAUGCGGGCCAAUCGAAUGCACCCGAAGGUGGUUACACGUUUUAGUUGCCUGGCCGCCGCACCAGCGUAAGGUGUGUGGUGUGCGUGUGUGCAAGCGGCCAGCCGGCGGAAUCAUUGCGUGAUGUGUUUGUAUGUUUACUGUAUUGUUUAUCGAAUAUGUGUGCCGGGUAUUACUUGUUAUUGCAUAUAAUCAUCGGUUUUUGUUUUUCCUUCAAUACAAGUAACACAUGCGAGCACAAGGAAUCAUCAGCGUUCCCAAUGAUUUUUGCAACUGCUUGUAUUGUCACACGCAUCUCCAUUAUUUGUAAUUAAGUUUUUUAUGCCCCUUUGCUUACCAAAUCCCCACCGUCAUCAUGCAUGCCCUCACCGAUAUGAUUUAUUUACAUUUUAUAUUCAUCAUUAAUAGUAACGCGCACAUACUGCUUUUACUCAGAUUUUUUAUUUCUCUUUCAUUUUAACACAAUUGUAAGUCUGAUUAAAGUUUGUAUGAAUACAUAUGAUGUUAUUUUUUUUUAAACAAAUUUCACCAUUAUUUCAUCAAAAUAAUUUUUUUUUCUUAAUAUUUUAAGUUUGCAUUGCACAUGUAAAAUUAUUAUUGGGUUGGCAACUAAGUAAUUGCGGAUUUCACUUAGAUGGCUUCAGUUGAAUUUUUAGAUUUGCUGGAUCGAUGCGAUUUGCUAAAAAAACGUAAUGAAAAAUAUCCAUUUUUAAAACGAAUGAUAACUGGCGAUGAAAAAUGGGUUGUUUACAACAAUAUCGAGCGGAAAAGAUCGUGGAGCAGGCCAGGUGAACCAGCUCAAACAACAUCAAAAGCUGGUAUUCAUCAAAAGAAGGUUUUGUUAUCAGUUUGGUGGGAUUAUAAAGGAAUUGUCUACUUCGAACUCUUACCACCCAACCGAACGAUCAAUCAAUUCUGUUGUCUACAUAGAACAACUAACGCAAUUAAACAAUGCAGUUGAAGAAAAGCGGCCCGCAUUGAUAGAUCGAAAAGGUGUUGUAUUCCAUCAUGACAAUGCAAGGCCACACACAUCUUUGGUCACACGGCACAAAUUAUUGGAGCUUGGUUGGGAUGUUUUGCCACAUCCACCUGUCCUUGUUCUGACCUUGCACCAUCGGAUUACUUUUUGUUUCGAUCUUUACAAAACUCCUUGAAUGGUAAACAUUUCAAUAAUGAUGUUGAUGUCAAAUCGUACCUGAUUCAGUUUUUUGCUUAUAAAAACCAGAAGUUUUUGUUGAAAGUAGGAUUAUGAUGCUGCCUGAAAGAUGACAAAAGGUCAUUGUUCAAAAUGGUAAAUACAUUACAGAAUAAAGUUAUUUAGUUCCAUGAAAAAAUUGUCUUUGAUUUAGAAAAAAAAUCCGCAAUUACUUAGUUGCCAACCAACAUUUUAAAUUUGCAUUGCACAAGUAAAAUUAUUAUGGUUAUUGUGUCAAAUAUUGGGUUGAACUGGCACAUCAUAUUGUAAAAUUACAUUUGUAUUUACGCACAUGCAUCUAAUAAAUCAUUUAGAAGGAAAUAUAUGUAUAACAAA